CCUAAUAAAAUUCCCAAAUUUCCCAGACAUAGGCGUCACUGAUAUUGGGUAAUAAUUAUUGGUGAGCUAUCACAACAGUAUUCCCUCCCAAAUAGUUCCGAUAUCGCGAACGACACGAACACAUUUUAAAUUUUUAAAUUUUAACACAUUUUCGCUCCUUCGUGCUGUCCAGUGUCCCGUGUCUCGAGUUUCGAUUUUUGCUCCUUCGUGCUGUCCACCUUAACUAAUUUCAAAUAUGCCUUCAAAUCGGUGUAUGGUCAUUGGAUGUGAUACUACGCACGACAAUAAAAGUAUUCUUCGACAUCGCUUUCCGAAGAACAAGGAAACUUGUAACAUAUGGGUUGAAAGAACUGGAAAUAAUAAACUAUUGAACAAAACUAUUGAACAAAUUGUUAAAUCUUAUGUUAUGUGUGAUAAACAUUUUGAUGAUAGUUGUAAGAGCCCUGGUUUUAAGAAACUCAUUGUUGGUUCAAUUCCAACACUUAAUCUACCAGGUAAAAACUUAAUUAAAUUGUAUUAUUAUAGAAAUCACACAUCCAGAGGUGAUACUGCCCUGUGAGGGGUAAAUACCUGACAGAAGUUUUGUACACCAGAUUACUGAUUUCAAUGAUUAUACCUAUGAUUACCCAUGAUUCACUACAAAGAUUACCUAUGAUUACCUAUGAUUACCUAUGAUUACCCCUAUGAUUACCAUCACCUUGUACACUGAUUACCCCAAAGGUGUUUACCCCUCGUUGCCCUGUUAUUUGUUUACUUGCAGAAUUUUUAACUAUAUGCAAUUAAUAUUCAAGGAGAACGCCUGUGGAUAAUUGUAGUAUAUAAUUAAUGUGAUAUUAUUUAUUUAUGUUCUAUAGAAAUAAUUUUUAUUGAUUCUUCACAUCAAACAAUUUCUUAAAACAUUGUUUUAAGAUCUUUUUGUUGUUAUUUUAAAAUCUCUUCGUUGAUGUUCAAGUGGUCUCAUAUAUAUUUUACUUGAAAUUUAAUUAAGUAAGUAUUAUAAACUAUAAAUGGUUAUAAUUAUUAUCAAAAU